AGUAUAAUAUACUUCACAGCAAGUUCUCCCAAAAUCCUUGACUGGAUAAAAGAUGAAUCCAUCCAAAAGAUACUGCAGCCUUAUGCAAAGUGGCAUUAUAUUGAACGUGACCUUGCAAUGUUUAACAUUAACAUAGACGAAGAUUAUGUUCCGUGUCUCCAAGGAAUAACAAGAGCUAGUUUCUGCAGUGUUUAUCUGGACUGGAUUCAGUUCUGUGCUAGAAAAAGGACAGAGCACCUGGACAGCGAUGAGGAUUCUCCUCUGGUGACGCUUUCCUUUGCCUUGUGUAUACUGGGUCGAAGAGCUUUGGGAACUGCGGCUCACAACAUGGCCAUCAGCUUGGACUCUUUUCUCUAUGGGCUCCACGCACUGUUCAAAGGAGACUUUCGGAUAGCGGCAAAAGAUGAGUGGGUCUUUGCAGACAUGGACCUAUUGCAUAAGGUGGUUGCCCCGGCAAUCCGAAUGUCUCUGAAGUUACACCAGGACCAGUUCACCUGCCCAGAUGAGUAUGAAGACCCAGCGGUUUUGUACGAAGCGAUCCAAUCGUUUGAAGAAAAGGUUGUGAUUUGUCACGAAGGGGACCCAGCCUGGCGCAGCGCUGUACUCUCCAACAGAGAGGAGCUGCUGACCCUGAGACAUGUGGUAGAUGAAGGAGCAGAUGAAUACAAAGUUAUCAUGCUCCACAAAAGCUACUUGAGCUUCAAGGUUAUCAAGGUCAACAAGGAGUGCGUCAGAGGGCUUUGGGCUGGGCAGCAGCAGGAACUGAUUUUCUUACGCAAUCGUAACCCAGAGAGAGGAAGCAUCCAGAACAAUAAACAGGUCUUGCGGAACUUAAUUAAUUCUUCAUGUGAUCAGCCACUGGGAUAUCCAAUGUACGUUUCCCCUUUAACCACUUCGUACCUUGGGACACACAGCCAGCUGAGGAACAUUUGGGGGGGACCUGUCAGUUUGGACAACAUUAAAAAGUGGUUCAGAUCCAAAUGGUUAAGAAUGCGGAAGGACUGCCAUGCAGCUCACCAUGAGCGAGGUAACGUUGAAGAGGUGGAUAGUGGAGGGGGAUCUUCGUCUGGCAGCAAUUCCACAGGCAGUUCAAGCCAGAGCAGUAGCUCGCAGCCCACCAGAGAUGGAACCCCUCAGUUGCAAGCUUCGUCUCAAGAGGUCCACCAGCGUGCAGGCAGGAGAAAAACCAGGAGUCAGUCCGUCCAGGCACACACUGCUUUAAACCAAAGGCCCCCUGCUUCAAGUCUCUCUGGACCAAUUGUAGAAAGCCGCCAGCCUUUCAUCCAAACAUCUACAUCUGCCCAUGAAAUUGCCCAAAGGCUUUCUAGCAGUCAGCUGUCAUUCCACAACUCGGCAACAUCUGUGUUUUCCCAGUCCCCUGCCGUUCCUGUUGCUGGCCAGCUGACUGUGCAGGACCGAGCCGCAGCAAUGCUCCGGUCCAGUCUGGCCUCUUCUACCAGCUCAACUCUCAGCCUGCUCUUCGGCAAGAGAAGUUUUUCAAGUGCUUUGGUGAUUUCUGGGCUCUCAGCUGCAGACGGAGGUAACACCAGUGACACCCAGUCAUCCAGCAGUAUGAAUAUUGCCAUGGGUCCAUCAGCUCGAGCAGCAAGUCAAGCAACUCGGCAAGUCACUGAGACCUGCGAAGCAACCAGUGCUACAGAACCUAGACUGCGGCAUGAGGCAGGUCCAGCCCAUGCCAUAUUAAUGAGUCGGAACCUGGAGUGCAGAAGGGCCAGCCAAGAAGAUAUGGCCCUGGAAGACACGGCUUCUCAACAAAGCCUCUCUGAUGAGCAGUAAGGAGUAUUCCUAGCACAAGGGCCACGUGCUUCUUAGAAUUAAAUAAAGACAGUUAGGUCAGGGAGCUGCACAUAGGUUUUAGUUCUUUCAAAUGUAACAAGCAACCUCCAAAUGUUUAUUUUUCUAACUUCUACACAAGAAUACUACGGGGCACAUAUUCGUCAGCUAAAGGCCUUGGCAUGGGUAAGGUUGGAAGAUGUCCUAAAAAACACACAGUGCCAGUUCAUCUCAGGUUCUUGUAAAUCCUAGAACAAUGAAUACAACCUGUUUAACGAUCCUUCCCCUGGAACAGUUGGAAUCACAAAUGAAUACAGUGGGAAA